AUGCCUCUUCUUCUAGCACCGUACAAUGACUCUAUGAGCCUGGGUCAAGGAUUCAAUUCCUACACGCACGAGCUCUGUAUUGAUAAAGCCGUCACUGUCGAGCAGGAGAACAUCGAGAGCGAGGGAAGCCCUGCACAAGAUGUAACAUAUACCUCCCGCUUCGUCGACAAACUGAGCGAUGUCGUCAAUUCAAUGAACAUUUCCUUCAGCUCCUCCAUAAAGAAAGGUACAGUCGAGUCGAACGGAAGCACCAGCGCCAUCGAUGAGACAACAUUCAAGGAUUCCAAUCUCAAUGCCGUCGUCCGAGUCAAGGUGACGAAUCAGAUCAUUAGUGUCAACACAAAGGCGGAGUUCAAUGAAAUCGCAGGCGUUAUUCCUGGCACGCCGCAGUUCAAUGACACAUACGGUGAUUGUUACAUUUCCGGAUUCAUCGAGGGUGGUGAAUUCAACGGCAUUGUGUCGAUCAAAAUCCUCGACUCGACAAAGACGGCGAAAAAGAUAGCUGAAAUCAAAAGCGCCCUUGCAUCUCCGUCUAACGACGAAUUGACGCUCGAUGCCUUUGGCGACAAUGUAAACUCGAACCUAACGGAGAAGUUGCGAGACUCGCAGACUACGAUUUCUGUCAGCUGGCAGGGAGGCGGUCAGAUCAAACAUGCGGAAACUCAAUGGAACAUCGACACAAUGCUUGCUGCCGCUGCGGCAUUCCCAUCCAACGUCGCUCAAAAGCCACAGAGGACAUGGGCAAUCCUAACGAAGUACAAAGCCAACCAGAGCUUCGUAAAGAAGAUGGCCGAAAAGAAACACGAGAUCUCCAAGGUGCUACAGUACGACCAAGUAUCCACUUUCACUGCGGAGUUAUUCGACGACUUCAUGGACUACAAGGUCCUCUUAAACACUCUGCAGGACAUAAUCAGCAAUCGCCACGAGUAUACCGCGCAGGCGGGCGAUAAUGCAAUUGAGCUUACCAUCGCCAAUCUACUUGCGCUGAAAGCAGCGUUCCGAGCCGAACAGUCAAAGAUUGUCCAAGCUACCGAGGUCCUGAGUCGCGACCCCAGCAUCCUUCUCCGAAAGGCAAACUCCCUCAAAGGAAGCGGUAGCACCGCGGUCGACGACGUAAUCAAGAAGGCUCUCCAAGCCAACCUCGGCCGUUCCGUCACCAAACGCCAAAUCCUCACUCCUCCUUCUCCUCCAGCGGAUGAUGGUUCUACCACCACCGCAGAGCCAGACUUCGACUUCUCGUCUCUCAUUCCCCCUGAGAUCUUCGAUGAUAUCAUGCCCAAACGCAUCGAGACACCCGAAACACAAGUAGGUCCCCUAUCGGCCCUACCGACGAUGCUAGGCCUCGCUUCCGCCGCACCACCACCACCAGCCACCGACGGGGAAGUAGUUGGCUUGCCCGACGGCGUGAUGAAGCAAGCCAACAGCACGCUGCAAACCAUGCUGGACCUCAAGGAGCAGGAGCUCGAAGACUCCGUGUCGAAGAGAAACCAGUACGCAACGAAGAACCAGACCCUCGAAAGCGAGCUGUCCGAGCUAAAGGUGAAAACAGCGGCAGACCAGAUACAUAUCCAGAUGCUGACAGGUGAGCGCGACACCCUGAAGACGAAUCUCGUCAAGGCGCAGGAAGAGAAGGCGGAGGUGUUGGAGGCUGCGAAGAAGAGUGCCGACGCCGCGAAGGGAGCAGCGGAGGCGGCGAAGAAGACGAAGGGCGAUGCAGACACGACUCAUGAAGAAGAACUACGAAAUAUGCAAUUAGAGGCCAACAGUUACCAUGCGAGUUGGAAGAAGGUAGAGGGGGAAUUGUCGACGGAGAAGGCGGAGGUCGAAAGGUUGAAGGGCGAUAAGAAGGUUUUCAAGGAAUUCUUUGCAUCGCUGGAAAGAUUCCAGGCUGUGGGACCUGCUGACAUGGGAAAUGUGACGAGGAUGGCAGCGCUGACCUUGUCGGUCAGGGCGAUGGGGGAUAAUUGAUAAUAUGUCGUCGUUGGGCCUUUCAUAUUUCCCAACGUAGGACACAUUUGAUAUUCAUACCUCGGGCUUCGACUAGCCUCUAUUGUCUCUAUAUUUUC